GGCCUGAGAAGGUUUUUUGAUAAGGCGUUAAGCAAAGCUAUAGUAUUAAAAGAAUUAUUUUAUCAGGUUUAGGUUUAUAUUAUUUUCGAUAAGAAACUGAUCGUUUCAAACAUGAAUUGCGAGGAGCAUUCAAUUCUCGGAAACUUAUCCACUCAGCUAUGCAAACCACACGUCGUUGUCGGUUUUUCUAUUUUUAUCUUCGCUUGCAGUUUACGUGUGAUGCUGCAGCGAAAUAUGAGGUCAACGAAAGGUAAUAACACGAGACUUAUGACGUUUUGGGAACUACCCUAUCCAAGGGGAUUACCCAUCAUUGGGAAUAUUCACCAGAUGGGGAAUUUCCCGCACGUGAAACUGACAGAAUGGUCAAAACAAUUCGGGGAUUUUUAUCGAAUCAAGAUGGGGCGUUAUGACGCGUUGGUUGUAAAUGGGCACGAAAACAUCAGAAACUGCCUCGCGAAAAAAUCCGCCGCGUUUGCUGGAAGACCUCCCUUCGAAACAUCCAAGUUGAUCGAAGAAGGACUCAGUAUUAGUUUCAGUAAUUAUAGCCCGGAAUGGGAACGGCAGAAGCAAUGCACCAUCAAGGCAUUGAAACUUUACACAAGCGGAUCAGACAAAAGAUCAACAAUGGAAGAAACCGUAUCCUCCCAUGCAAAACAACUCGCAGAGGAUUUAAUCAACUCUGCAGACCAGCAGGGUUUAGUAGGCGACCUCCACGACACGGUGAUAUACAGCACCACCAGCGUGAGUUCCACGAUUUGUUUCGGGCGAAGUUUUACAAGGCAAGACCCGGAGUUGAAAGAAUUUCUCAGAAAUUUUCAAAGUUUCGACAAAGCCAUGGGCGCGUCUCAGAUUAUCAACUUUUGGCCAUUUUUAAAAUACUUUCCGGUGCUGGGAAAGUCCUUUCGGAAUCUCAAAACCUACAUGGACCAGUAUUGGAACUUUACGUUGUCUAUGUUGGAACAACACUGGGACACUUACGUGCCCAACAAUAUGAGAGACUUGGCAGAUUGUCUGUGGGCCCAAAGCAACCAGGUUAACAGCAAUGGCACGGCGCCACGCCACACAGCAAAUGGCGCCACAGACGAGUUGAAGCCACGCCACGCAAUGAAUGGUGCCAACGGUAAUGGUAUGACACAUCACAAUACGAAUGGUGACGUCACACAUAGCAACGGGAUUAACGGGGAACCCCCUACCAAGAUAAACCGUCAACUAACGGAUCAACAGCGCCGUAUAGCGUAUGGCGCAAGCGACGCAUUCGGCGCAGGUUUCGACACUAUAAGCGCUAUGAUCACGUGGUCGAUUUUCUACAUGGCCGUUUUUCCUGAACACCAACGAAAGAUACGAGAAGAAAUCGACCGCUUAGAAACGUCAAUGUUUUCAUUACGUCAUCACGGUGACGUAUGUCCAUACACACAAGCAUGGUUGUAUGAAGUAUUACGUCAUAUAUCGGUCAGUCCACUUCUUGUACCACAUUAUACGGUUAAACAAGUUGAGGUAAACGGGACGAUGAUACCAGCGGGGGUGGUGGUUUUGUUUAAUGUGGCAAAUGCUGACAGAGAUACUCGAGUUUGGGAAAACCCCGAACAAUUUGAGCCUGAGCGAUUUCUGGCACGAGAUCCAACCACUGGGGGCGCAAGAGUGGUUGCAAGUGAAACGUCGAAGAUUUUAAAUUGGGGGGCGGGAAAGAGGCGUUGUCCCGGAGCUGAGUUAUCCAGACACGAACUGUUUAUUUACAUUGCAAACCUGGUAAAGUUAUGUUACAUCGAACAGGCAGUGGAGGGAAUCGAACCCGCGAUCCCUUGGCCUUGUACCCCAGGAAUUUCAACCAAACCAAAAGCUUUCCGAGUCAAAGUAACGCAGCGUUGAUUUUGGGGUCACGGUGUGGGACCGCAGCAAGUAUUUCAAAGAAAAAUAAACAUUUUAAAGUCUUCACGAAAGAAAUCCAUUACAAGCUAAAGAUAAACUUCGUAAACGACGCAGACAGCGCCAGUGACGCAAACGACGUCGAUGGCGCAAGUGACGCGAAUGACGCAAAUGAGAGGAUGUAUUUGUUAAACCAACUAUAAAUCAAUAAAAAUGACGAAACAAACGACCAGAAACACAAACCGGCUUCAUAUUUUUUGUUUUUUCUUUUUUUUAUAUCCAUAUACUCUUGCUCGCAAAAACCAAUCUCAGUCGUUUACUCGUUUUAAAUUUCAGGGAUUUUAAUAAAUUAACCAUUUCGUUAUUAGGUUUACACACUUGGAGUGAAUUUUGUUAGGUUUUUUUAAGAUUAUAAACUCCAUGCUUCUACACAGGCAUUAUGUAUUAUGUUUGGGAAGAAAUGUUAAAACACAAAUUUUACUUCCAGUGUCGUUUCUCAUAAUUGAUCAAAAUACUUCGUUUUUUUAUUUUCCCAACGCAUUCUGUUUUGUGCACAUGAUAUCCUUAUCAAAGAUCUGUGGUUUGGGCAGAUUUGACCCAUUACCCCAACACCUGUAUAAUCAACGCGCGCGCAACCUGUAUAUUAAUAAACAAACAGUGUUUUCGUGA